CUUUCCUGUGCCUUACUAGUCAGGUGCAGGCGUUGAAUGUUCAACUGUUGUGGUUCAGCGGUGAUUGAUCCGCUUCGCCUCGGAGAAACCAAGACUCCCGGCCACCGCAUCGCCGACCUCCGCGUCGGGAACAGCUCCAUCCAUACCGUUGCGUCUCCAUCUCCAUCUUCAUCGUCAUCUCCUUUGGGGCACCUAGCUCCUCUGCACACAACUAUAGACCAGAACUGGAAACAAGGGGCUCCAGAAUUAGCGAUAACUUCCCCGUUCAUUGUUCUCUUACCACUCAUACCCCAUCAACUGUCGAGCUGAGCUCCGGUCAUCACCUAUCUGUUUAUCAGCUUCAUCACCUCCCUCAACCAAUCCAGUUCCUCCCCAUCAGCAACACACAAUCCAACCUUCACCAUGCGAAUACCAACCGGCCUCUCGACCCUCCUAUUCUCCUCCGCCCUCCUUCCCGGCCUAGCCUCCGCGUCCGGCGGCUUCGACUGCCACAACAUCAUCGUCGACAGCUACAAAUAUGACCUCAGCACUCUCGGCGGCGUACACACGCUCUACCACGUUGACGAGACAGAAGACUACGUCGUCAACACAACCUACGUGCUCAACAUCUGCAACAUCCUCAAGGGCGCUGCCCACCGCGGCCACCUGAAAUGCCCGACCUCCAAGAACAUCUGCGGCUUCCAAUACAAAACCGCUCUCGACAGCCACAAAGAAGAAAGCACCGUCUUCCCGAUCGUCGGCCUCGACCACCUCGGCCACGGCACCAAAGACGCUGAAAUCACGCGCCUGAAGAAGCUCGAUUCCGAACAGGAAGGUCUCCUCGUCAAACUCGCCGGAGGCGAAUACUUCGACGAAGACCAACAGAAGAAGAAGAACGCGGGCGCCGUGAUCGAGUUCCAGUGCGAUCCCGACCGGUCGGGAUUAGAGGGACUACAGACGACCGAAGACACCGAGGAGGAGCGCCGUCGGCAGUGGCAGCUGAGUCAACGGGCGGACGAGACUAACGGCGACAACGAGAACAAUGACAAUGGCACAAUCCCGGAAGGCGGACGCAGUUUGCAGUUCAAGAGCUUCGGGCCCGCAGAUGAUGAUACCUACGUGCUGAAGCUGAACUGGAGGACGCGCUACGCGUGCGACAAUUAUAGGGAUGAGCCGGGUGAGAAGAACCCCGAUGGUGGUAAUGGUGAUGGGUCGAGUCAUUGGGGGUUCUUUACUUGGUUGAUUAUUAUCCUCUUCCUCUGCAUCGCAGCAUACCUCAUCUUCGGCUCCUGGCUCAACUACAACCGCUACGGCGCCCGCGGGUGGGAUCUCCUCCCGCACGGCGACACGAUCCGCGAUAUUCCCUACCUCUUCCAGGACUGGUUACGGCGGGUGGUCAAUACGCUGCAAGGGACGGGAUCUAGAGGGGGAUAUAGUGCUGUUUAGGGGGUUUUAGAGAUUGAUUGAUUGAUUGAUUGAUUGCCUAUUUUUUUUCUUUGUGUGGUUUGUUAUGUUGUUUGCUUGGGAAUAGUUGGAUGAUGAGGUUGUUGCUAGUAUCGAAGAAGAGGAUGAUGAUGAUCACGAGGAUGAUUCUAUUAUAUGGUGGAAUAAAGAAUAUGAC